UGUGCCUUGAUUUUUUCUUGUGGCCGCAUGCAUCACCCUUCAGUGCAUAAAUGAAACUCCACAAAGCAGACACUUACCUGUUUCUUGGCUAUAAAACACAAGCCCUUCAAUUCCGAACAACCUCCUGAACUUGUCCAUUUGAACACUAAAACUUCUCUUCAUAAUCAAGAAAAACCAUCCAACCAAUAUCCAUGGCCUAUGGACGAAGCCCAACCAGCUCUUUCAUAGAAGGGUUCUCUCUAAGUCCUCUGCCAUAUCCAGUUCUGCUAAUUCUUGCAGUAAUCUCAAUCUUUUUUGGCAUAUCCUGGUACUCAUCCAAUGACUCAGUUGUGGAAGAAGCUGAAACGCAAUUCAGUUGGCUGCUUUUGUAUACAGCAAUAGCACUUCUGCUUCUUGUUAAGUUGCUGUCUUUUCUGGAUCCUGAUUGGUUCUUCUCCUUGUUUCCAUGGGGAAGCCGCAGGAUAACCUACCAUGAACCUUCAGAGGGAAGCUCACCAUGGGGUGUUGCUGCUUUCAUUGUGCUCCUGCUAGUUUUGCUGCAAUACCAGUCUAUUUUCCGGGACAGCUGGCUCAUUAAAAAAUAA